GAGAUGGAGUGGCUGAUCUUCUCCCUGCUGAUGCUGGCUGUGUGUGCGUCGGGACAGCUUUGCCCCAAGCGUUGCAUGUGCCAGAACCUGUCACCAUCUCUAACUAUCCUCUGUGCCAAGACCGGCCUGCUUUUUGUGCCAACAGUCAUUGACCGGCGUACAGUAGAGCUUCGUCUCACCGAAAACUUCAUCACGGCAUUAAGGAGGAGAGACUUCGCAAACAUGUCAAGUCUCCUGCACCUGACGCUGUCCCGCAAUACCAUCAGUCAGAUUAUGCCUUACACUUUUGCCGAUCUUAAGCGGCUGCGUGCAUUGCAUCUAGACAGUAACCGUCUAAGCGUCAUCAUGGACGACCACUUCCGGGGACUCACCAACCUUCGGCACCUUAUCCUUGCCAACAAUCAACUGCACAACAUCUCCCCACAUGCGUUUGAUGACUUUCUGGGGACUCUCGAGGACCUGGAUCUCUCAUACAAUAACCUGGUGGAUAUUCCGUGGGAGACUAUAGGACACCUCACCAAUGUGAACACUCUUAACAUGGACCAUAACCUCAUAGAGCACGUGCCUCUAGGAGUCUUUUCAAACCUACACAAACUAGCCCGUCUGGAUAUGACAUCCAAUAAGCUAAAGAAAAUACCCCCCGACCCCUUGUUCCUUAGGAUACCGGUUUAUGCCAAGUCAAAAGGGUCACCCCUUUCCUCCCUUGUCCUAAGUUUUGGAGGGAACCCACUGCAUUGUAACUGUGAGCUACUCUGGCUAAGGAGGCUAACAAGAGAGGAUGACCUGGAAACUUGCGCGUCACCUCCCGACCUUACGGCAAAGUACUUCUGGACCAUCCCAGAGGAGGAGUUCAUAUGUGAUCCACCUGUUAUUACAAGGAAAUCUCCCAAAACCUUUGCCAUGGAAGGCCAACCCACCAGUCUGAAAUGCAAGGCCAAUGGAGACCCAGACCCAGAUGUUCACUGGAUCUCCCCAGAGGGCCGUCUAAUUGCCAACACCUCCCGUACUUUAAGUUUUAGCAAUGGGAGCUUGGAGAUCAACAUCACUUCAUUGAAGGAUACAGGAGUCUUCACCUGCAUUGCGUCUAAUGCCGCGGGGGAGUCUACAGGCACGGUGGAGUUGGUGGUCAACCCACUGCCGCACUUAGCUAACAGCACUAACCGAAUCAGAGAACCUGAUCCAGGACCAUCUGAUAUUCUAACCUCUGCAAAGUCAACUUCAUCCAUAAGCAAUGAGACCAGGUCUCAGGAGAGGAAGGUGGUACUUGCUGAGCUUACGGCAAAUUCUGCACUCAUCAGGUGGCCUUCGCAACAACAUUUCCCUGGAAUCAGGAUGUAUCAGAUUCAGUAUAACAGCUCGGCAGAUGACACUUUGGUCUACAGAAUGAUUCCCUCCACGAGUUACGACUUCCUGGUGCGAGACCUCGUAUCUGGGCGGGAGUACUACCUGUGCGUUCUGGCUGUCUAUGAUGAUGGCGUGACCUCGCUGACCACCACACGGCAGGUGGGCUGCGUCACAUUCGUCAUGGAGACAGAGUACAGUCAGUGCCAGUCACUCCACAGCCAUUACCUGGGCGGCACCAUGAUCAUCAUCAUCGGAGGAAUCAUCGUGGCCUCCGUCCUUGUUUUCAUCAUCAUCCUCAUGAUCCGGUAUAAAGUCUACAGCCAUAAUGGGGCAGAUUCCGGAAAGGGAACCGCUAUGACAAAUAUGCGCUCGCAAAGCAAUGGGGGGCAAGCGGCGGGGCAGGUCCCACGCUCCAGCUCCAAAAUUGUGGAGGGCCAGGAGGCUACGGGAGCGGGUUUAGGAGGGGCCGCCGCUAGUUUAAAAGACUCCACUGCCAUGGUGCUGGUCACAGACUCUGAGACAAAUGUGCAGAUAUCAGAGAUGAUCUCCGAGGACAUAGUCUCCCCCACACAAAAGCACAAUCCCAGGACUUGUAUUGAGCUCAAGAGACGGCAUUCUCUGUCCUCUAAAGAGGGAACAAGCACAGACAUACCAGGAGACACAGCAAGCCCGCAGGUCAGCGACGAGAAGAGGGUUCAACGAGAUUGGAGUGAUUUUAAAAUUUGAUGACUCCUUCCGCUGUCCCGCAAGAGACAGCCAUCAGCCCUAAAGAAGCUGGCCAGGUCAUCCGAUUAUGGGGAGGAAUAUGGAAUAAUUUGUCUGAACCCCUACUGGACUUUCUCCCCUGAACAUUCACUCCACACACUGUAUUCCAAGGACUAUCCAACCAUUUCCUACCGGGACAAAUUUGAGGACACAAUACACUACUGCAACUAAUGGAAAUGGAGCACAAUAAUUGUUAUCCAUUGAUGGUUUUUGGAACAUAUUGCUUUUUACAUCCUCUCAGCCGGGACUGUCUAUGUGUUUGCUGCCGACUACAGUAUGCAUUGUUUACUGGACGGUCUGGGUUGGAGAAUGACACCUCGCUGAAGAAAUACUCAUCAUCCUCCAACCAUUCAAUCAUGUAAACUGCACCAGUGAGAGGAAACUUAGAUGGGACAAAGUAAACAUUAUGUCUGUGCUUUCUGCACUUUCAUCAAUCUGCUAUCCU